CUGACGAGCAUCUCGUUUCUAUGGAAACCUGCCUACCUUGUAGGACGCGGUGUUUUUAUUCUGUGUAACAAAUCAUGGCUAACAAUCUGGUUAUCAGAGCUUUGAAAGCUAACUCAAAGUCGUUCAAUUUGAGCUCCAAGAAAAUGACCGAGGUUCCCAAAUCGGUUUCGAGAUUAACAAAUAUUUUGACCCUUCAUUUGAACAAUAACUCCCUUACUUCUCUGCCUGUGGAACUGCAGACGUUACGAAACUUGACGGAACUCAAUUUGGGAAAUAAUUCUCUGGAGGAGAUCCCAUGUGUUCUGAGAUACCUGAACACCUUGAAAAAACUUUAUUUGUUUGGAAACCACAUUACAAGAUUGCCACCUGAGGUGUUAGAAGGAUUUGAUAACCUCACUCUCCUCAAUCUGAACCACAAUUACAUCACAGUCCUUCCACCAGAGAUUAAAAGUCUUUCUAACCUAGAAACCCUCAGCUUACUGGACAACCAGUUGGAGGAACUUCCUGUAGAAAUAGGUUUUCUCAAGAAGAUGGUUGAGAUGAAUUUAACCAACAACAAGCUGUCCAGACUGCCCAAACAGAUAUACAGUUUGUCACAACUGGCCAGAUUAUAUCUGGCCAGAAACAACCUCACAGAGCUGCCAGAGGGUGUUAUUGGGCUGAUGAAGCUCAGAGUGCUGGAUGUGGCUGGAAACCGUUUAUCCAUGUUUCCUGUCGACUUCCAGCUUCUGACCCUGAAUGAGCUGCUCUGUGAAGGAAACACAUUCGUGCAGAAUAAGCUGAUGGAAUCUGUUCAAGCUGUGGAGGUGCUGUCAUUGAAGGAGCUGUCUGCUCGUCAGAUCCUGGUGGAGGACAAGAAUAGGUUGGGUGUGGUCCACAGGGCUCUGUCGUACCACCCUGGUCUGAGCCUGCUGCUGGCUGACUGGGGCAGCUGUUCCCUCUGCCUCCAACCCUUCCUCACCACCUGGCUGGAGUGUGUACGCUUCAUCAACCUCAGGAAGGACAUGAAGAUGAGCCGUCCUCAGACCGUCCCUGUACGUGUUCUCCUCUGUUCCUACAAGUGCUUCAAUAAGAGCGGACAUUCAUACUAUGGAGUCGCAUGUGUAUGAAGAGGUACUUCUAUUAAAACAUGUACUUGAUGUAAUUAUAAGGAAGUAGUCCCUGUUCUUUCAAUCCAGUAUGUAUUGUCUGCAUGUCCACCAGAUGGCAGCAGAGGACCAUAGUAAGAGACCAGACUCCUGACACAAUAUCAUAAGGCCAAAACAAUGAACUAGGUUGGACAGAGAGCUAGGUUGGCCAGAGAGCUGGGUUGGACAGAGAGCUAGGUUGAACAGAGAGCUAGGUUGGCCAGAGAGCUGGGUUGGACAGAGAGCUAGGUUGGACAGAGAGCUAGGUUGGACAGAGAGCUAGGUUGAACAGAGAGCUAGGUUGGACAGAGAGCUAGGUUGGACAGAGAGCUAGGAUGGCCAGAGAGCUAGGUUGGCCAGGGAGCUAGGUUGGACAGAGAGCUAGGUUGAACAGAGAGCUAGGUUGGACAGAGAGCUAGGUUGGACAGAGAGCUAGGUUGGACAGAGAGCUAGGUUGGCCAGAGAGCUAGGUUGGCCAGAGAGCUAGGUUGGACAGAGAGCUAGGUUGGCCAGAGAGCUAGGUUGGACAGAGAGCUAGGUUAGACAGAGAGCUAGGUUGGCCAGGGAGCUAGGUUGGACAGAGAGCUAGGUUAGACAGAGAGCUAGGUUGGCCAGAGAGCUAGGUUGGACAGAGAGCUAGGUUGGCCAGGGAGCUAGGUUGGACAGAGAGCUAGGUUGGCCAGGGAGCUAGGUUGGACAGAGAGCUAGGUUGGCGAGGGAGCUAGGUUGGACAGAGAGCUAGGUUGCACAGAGAGUAUAGAGAGUUCAACGUUGUUCACUAUAAAACAGUAUAACACUAAGUAUAUUAACCACAAAAAUGAUAUGUUAUAUACAAAGGAUGGUCCAUUGAUCUGUAUUUUCAGUUAUAGACAUGUUAUUACCAGGAUGGUCCAUUGAUCUGUGUUUUCAGUUAUAGACAUGUUAUUACCAGGAUGGUCCAUUGAUCUGUGUUUUCAGUUAUAGACAUGUUAUUACCAGGAUGGUCCAUUGAUCUGUGUUUUCAGUUAUAGACAUGUUAUUACCAGGAUGGUCCAUUGAUCUGUGUUUCCAGUUAUAGACAUGUUAUUACCAGGAUGGUCCAUUGAUCUGUAUUUUCAGUUAUAGACAUGUUAUUACCAGGAUGGUCCAUUGAUCUGUGUUUUCAGUUAUAGACAUGUUAUUACCAGGAUGGUCCAUUGAUCUGUGUUUUCAGUUAUAGACAUGUUAUUACCAGGAUGGUCCAUUGAUCUGUGUUUUCAGUUAUAGACAUGUUAUUACCAGGAUGGUCCAUUGAUCUGUGUUUUCAGUUAUAGACAUGUUAUUACCAGGAUGGUCCAUUGAUCUGUGUUUCCAGUUAUAGACAUGUUAUUACCAGGAUGGUCCAUUGAUCUGUAUUUUCAGUUAUAGACAUGUUAUUACCAGGAUGGUCCAUUGAUCUGUAUUUUCAGUUAUAGACAUGUUAUUACCAGGAUGGUCCAUUGAUCUGUGUUUUCAGUUAUAGACAUGUUAUUACCAGGAUGGUCCAUUGAUCUGUGUUUUCAGUUAUAGACAUGUUAUUACCAGGAUGGUCCAUUGAUCUGUGUUUCCAGUUAUAUAAUUACAGAAUUGAGAAAUGUACUUCUAGGCUAUUGCAUUAAUAAUUCGGUUAAAAUAUGUGCCACAAUUAAAUAUCUAAAUAU